AUGACAUCCUCGCCGCCGGUCACUUAUAUACAAAAGGUUGUCGAAGCUGAUCAAGUGCUUUGGGAAUAUAACAUCCUCGCUAGUAUAGCACAUUGGGUAUUACUGGCAGGUUAUCUCAUUCUUCCAGGGACAUUCACAUCUCUCCAGAAUUCAGACGGUAUUAGUCACAAACUAGGGCAAAGCCAGACUGGAAAGGCAAUCUUAAACCAGAUACAAAAUCCUCCACUCAUCGUAUUGGGAUGUCUGUUCUUUUUCAUUGGAACAUGUGGAAUUGGAGGUCUUUAUUGGAAGCAUCAAAAUAAUUAUAUUUGGCUUGCCGACAUUGUUAAACGCACUGGCUGGGUUUACGACAACAAUGAUAAAUAUAUAUACCGCCCACCACGGGGAGUGGUCAAUCAUGGCACUCCUCACUGUGCUAGCAUCCCUUCUCUCAAUAUUGGCGGCUUUGGUUCUACUCUGGAUCUAUAG